AUGGAACACCGAGAUUCCUAUUCUUCUUUGAAACGUGUUUCAACCGGUUCAGUAAAUGAGGUUGGUCACAAUGCCAAAAUCUCACGUCCAUCCGAGUCUCACUUGAAUUCUACAAGCUCACAACUCGUUGACACACUGGCACCAGAGCCUAACCCUCCCGGUGGAAAAAACCCCGCAGAAAAGUCUCGCGAACCAAUUUCUGACUCCCAACUACCUGAAGGGUUUUUCGAUGACAAAUACAAGGAUGCGAAAGCCCGCAAUGUACCGUACAAAGAUAAGCUAACGGAGGAAGUUGAGCUAUUUCAAAAGGAGAUAGUGGCUUUGGAAAAGGUAAGCUUUCCGUUCCUAUUCAUUCUAUUUAUUUAUUCGCUAAUUGUUACUUUCUAG